CUAACCGAGUGGCCGGGGGCGCGGAUCGCAGAGCCGGGCGGCGAAAAGCUGAGCCCGGAGAACACAGAGCAGGGAGGGCAGUGCGCGGCGGGAACCGGCCUGGAGCCGGACCCUUCAGGCACCUGCUUGUCCGCCCAGCCGGUCGGUGCACGCAUAGUGGCCCGUAGGCCCCCGCCCGGGCCCAGUCCCCUCCCGGGCCCUCCAUGGCCCGGGCCGCAAACCUUCCGCCGUCGAGAUUGUCGCCGACGCUACCGCUGUUGCCGCUGCUAUUGCUGCUGCUCCGGGAAACAGGAGCCCAGGAUGUGCGGGUCCAAGUGCUCCCCGAGGUGCAGGGCCGCCUGGGAGGCACCGUGGAGCUGCCGUGCCACCUGCUGUCGCCCAGCCCCGACGUGCGUGUCUCACAGGUGACCUGGCAGCGGAUGGACUCUGCAGCUGUGGCCGCCUUCCACCCUAACUUCGGUGUCCACUUCCCCAACCCACAGUCCAGCAAGGACAGGCUGUCCUUCGUCAGAGCCGGGCAGGACACAAAGACGGACCUGCGCGACGCCACCCUGGCCAUCCAGGGACUGACGGUGGAGGACGAAGGCAACUACACCUGCGAGUUUGCCACCUUCCCCAACGGCACCCGCCGGGGCAUGACCUGGCUCAGAGUCAUAGCCCAGCCUGAGAACCAUGCUGAAGCCCAGGAGGUCACGCUCAGCCUGGAUCCUGUGCCCGUGGCCCGAUGCGUCUCCACGGGGGGACGCCCACCUGCCCGAGUCACCUGGAUCUCCACUCUGGAUGGGGAGGCCAGAGAGCACCAGGAAUCUGGGCCCCAGUCUGGCACUGUCACUGUCACCAGUCGCUAUAGCUUGGUGCCUUCGGGCCGAACAGAUGGCGUCAAGAUCACCUGCAAAGUGGAGCAUGAGAGCUUUGAGAAGCCCACCUUGCUGCCUGUGACGCUCUCCGUGCGCUACCCUCCCGAGGUCUCCAUCUCUGGCUAUGAUGACAACUGGUACCUCGGCCGCAGUGAGGCCACCCUGACCUGCAAUGUCCGCAGCAACCCAGAGCCCACAGGCUACGACUGGAGCACGACUUCCGGCGUCUUCCCAUCCUCCGCAGUGGUCCACGGCCGCCAGCUGCUCGUGCACUCAGUGGACCGACAGGUCAACACCACCUUCAUCUGCACGGUCACCAACGCCGUGGGCACCGGCCACGCAGAGCAGGUCAUCUUCAUCCGAGACACCCCCCAGGCCUCCUCCCGAGACGUGGGUCCACUGGUGUGGGGGGCGGUGGGGGGAACAUUGCUGGUGUUGCUUCUCCUUGCUGGGGGGGCCUUGGCCUUCAUCCUGCUGAGGGCGAGGAAGAGAAGGAAGAGCCCUGGAGGAGGAACAGGAGGAGGUGCAGGUGGCCGCGACAGGGGAUCCUUUGAUCCAAAGACUCAGGUGUUUGAAAACGGGGCUCCUGUCUUCUGGACGCCAGCUGCCUCUGAUCCCAUGAGGCCAGAGGGCAGGGAUGAGGAGGAAGACGAGGAAGAGAAGGCAGAGGAAGGCCUCAUGUUGCCUCCAUCAGUGACACUCAAGGACGACAUGGAGUCCCACCUGGAUGGCUCCCUCAUCUCUCGGAGGGCGGUUUACGUGUGACCCCAAAGACAUACAGGACAGACAGAAGCUCCCCGCCCUGCCCCCGGCCAGCCAAGCCAGCCUUGGGUUCCGUAGACUGGUUGGACCGGUUUGCCUGGCCCACUGGGAGUUAGAAGCUACCUCCUGCCUUCUGGAUGGACGGAGGUGGAGUCACACCAGGCAGUCACACCAUUCCUCCAGGGACACAUGGGGAAGGGGGACCCCAGGAGCUCCAUGGCAGGACCCCAAGAGGACCCCUCAGAGACAUGGUUUCAGCCCCAGCCUGCCCUUGGCCCUGUGACACUCAGGAGUUAAUAAAUGCCUUUGAGGAAACCUUGGGGGUGUCCUGUAGUACAUCAGACCCCCGCUUUGGGUCCUGGAGAAGAGCGUGUGGGGCUUGGGAUAGGUACUGCCCAGUCCCCAAGGUUGAGAAGAAUGAAUGGGGUCCCCGGGGCAGCCUGGAGGAGCUCAAACUGGCUGUCAGGGACCUUGAGGCUAGUCAGACAUGGAACUGGGUUGCUGACUUUGGGGCUCAGAGGCUGGGGCACUUGGGCCCCUGGGUCACAGGACAGGUGGGGUGGCCAGACUGGCUUGGAGGCUCCAUGGGAGAGGAAGGCUGGGUACCUGAGCUCUGGGUCCUCCAAUGGAAGUGGCAGGCCACGAGGGCUGGAGGCUUGGGACUGUGACCCCCCCCACUCAGGGAACAAGAGCUGCUCUUCCCGCCCCCCUGUU